UGGAAAGGUAGGCCUACCUCUAUCGAAACGACUUUGUUACAGCUAGUCAGUUAAUCUUUGAGAAUGUUUUAGGUUGGGAGGUAACGGUAUGUCUGACUUACAGUUUUAUCAUAAGAGUGAACCGUCGUCAAUGUGUCCGUGAUGUAUGCCUUUGGAAGAUGAGAAGAGUGGAGUUAUUGAGAUUGCAUACUGCCCCUCCGACAACACUUAAACGCGAGCUAUUUUUGGGCUCAUAAAGAAAGAAACACAGCUUCCUAAUUCUUCCAAACCAUGGCGGACUCAAAGCUGAAGUUCACUUACUUCAAUGUAAAGGGCCGGGGAGAGCUGUCCAGACUGGUGCUGGCGGCAGCCGGGAAGGAAUAUGAGGAUUGCCGGUUCGCAAUCGGAGAUUGGCCCAAGUACAAAGACGCAACCCCGUUCGGGCAAACUCCAACACUGGAGGUGGACGGCAAACUUUUCGCACAAUCCACGGCUAUUGCGACGUUCCUGGCUCGUGAGUUUGGUUUUCACGGGAAGACGAACUUGGAGUCGCUGGAGGUAGACCAAUGGGUCAAUCUGAAUCAAGAUUUUCUCUCUGAGGUUGGCAAAGGAAUGUUGGAGAAAGACGCAGAGAAAAAGUUGACCCUGGCUGACCUGGUUGUCUUUGACAUGGUCACUGGAGUGGUGGACAACAGAAUCUGUGGGUUGGAAAAUUUCCCACUGAUCAAAGCUCUCGUGGACAAAGUUGGCGCCGUGGAAGGAAUCAAAACUUGGAUGGAAACUCGACCCGUCACGUAGUCGCACUAUCGUAGGAAUGCAGGGCAUUGGGAAACACACACAAAGCGAAAAACACACAACGUGCGACGUGAAACUCGCAACUAGCCAAAUACGCACAUAGCCGAACACGCAUAUUAUUGUGAAACACAAACACAGCCAAACACGCGCAGUAUGAAACGCGCACGCACGUUAUAAAACCCUCACAAUGUGAAACAUGCACUUAGCGUAAUACACGCAUAGUGGACACGCACAUUGCGAAACAUGCCCACAGUGAAACACCCACAUAGCGAACAAACUUUCAGGUUUCUAAUAUUUCCUGACAUAACUUUGUUUUUUGAAGUUGAAACAUUCACAAAGCGAAAUUCGUUAAUAAUCAUUUCGCUCUUGGCAUGCUAGAGAGAAUACUUCGAUCAAUGUUGGAAGACUUUUACAAAGUUUAAUUAGGUAAAAAUGACAACUCUUAAUGAGUCUGAUACUAUAUACUUUUGUCGUUUUGGUGUUUUUUUCUUAUCAUUCUUUUACCAAAUAAACCAGUUUGUUUUUCAAUAUUUCAAAA